UCGAGAGCGGCGCGUUGUAUCGCGAGAUCGGAUAUUCUUUGUUAUUUUUAAUCAAUUAUAGGCAUAAAUCACGACAUAUCUCCUAUUAAAUGAUUCUGCAUGAAAAAAACUAUUAGUUUUAAUAACUUGUAUCAUGGAAGUCACUCGUAAAAAUUUCAAGGAGUCCUUGCCUCUUGUGAGUGAGUCUAUAAAGAGAGCGGACUUUCUAGUGAUAGACGCGGAGUUUACGGGGUUAAUACAUGGGCCGGACGUCAGUAUGUUUGAUUCUCCGGGGGAGUAUUACUUACGGACUAUGUCGGGUUGUAAGGAUUUUUUGUUGAUCCAGUACGGGCUGUGUGCAUUCUAUUGGGACGAGGAUGCGAAGCAGUACAUGAACGACGCGUAUAAUUUCUAUCUGUUCCCGCGCGGACGGCCUGGGCCGGAGCGGAUGUUUCUCUGCCAAAGCUCGAGUUUGGAUUUUCUGUCAGCCCAGGGGUUCGAUUUCAACAAACUAAUACGAGACGGCAUCCCUUAUAUGACGGAGCCAACUGAGUCCCGUCUAAGAGAAAUGCUCACAGAGCGGCAGAAGUUGUACGCCAGUGAGAAUAAUAUCAUCCCAGUGCCAGAUGAGAAUAAACAGCAGAUUGAGGAUAUUUGUAAAAAAGUGCGUCAGUUCCUCGACGAGCAGAAAUCGGAAGAGAUGGAGAUCGACCGCUGCAACGCGUUCAUCAGGCGGCUGUGCUUCCAGGAACUCGGCUCGCGGUUCAAGGGGGAGGCGUACGUGGAAACCAAAGUGCUGGAGAACAAAAACAGAGUUCUGAAAGUGACACGGGUAACGCCAGAGAACGCGGCACAGGAUCGAGAAGCCAUGAAGAAGGACAAAGAAUGGGAGGAGUUUGAGGAGGCAGUCGGGUUCUCUAAGGUGGCUCGGAUGAUCAGUCAGUCGGAGAAGCUGGUAGUCGGACAUAACAUGCUGCUAGAUGUGCUCCACACGCUUAACCAUUUCUUCCAACCGUUGCCACCAGACUACGCGACCUUCAAAGAAUUUGCACACUGCAUGUUUCCUAGCCUACUAGACACCAAAUACAUGUCCAGUUUGCCACCCUUCAAGGACAAGGUGAAUUCCAGCGUACUGCAGCAUUUAUUGGCCACCCUAUCAGAACCGCCUUUCGGCCUGCCCACAGUCGGAUCAUCAUCAGGCCGCGGCUACACCCUCUCCGACGACAAAUCACACGAGGCCGGCUACGACGCCUUCGUGACCGGCCUCUGCUUCCUCGCGAUGCGGUCGCACGUGUCUCGCAUGCGCGGGGAGAGCGAGAGGUCCGAGCCCAGCGCGGCCGUGCUCAGGCCGUUCCUCAAUAAGCUGUUCCUUACGAAGACUGCGUACCAGGAUUCGCCGUAUAUGAAUAUUGAUGGGCCUGAUCCUACACCGUCCAGAGACCACGUGUUCCACCUCACGUUCCCCGGGGAGUGGCAGAGAAAUGACAUCAAUCAGUUGUUCAGUCCUUUCGGUCCCAUAGUGGUUCAGUUCAUCGACGACACGUCUGCGUUCGUGGCGCUCUCGCGACGCGAGCAAGCGAGGGACGUGAUGCGAACGUUAGCGAAACAUUCCCGGACCACACUCGUGCCCUACGCCAAGUUCAAACACAUGGCUUCUCAAGACAGCAGACACUGGCGCAAGGAGGAGUACACAACUCCUGACACCCCCAGACCACGGCAAGCCGUUAGCACAACAAGCGUCUCUCCUGCUCCUCCAAAGUCUCCCGUCAAGGACCUCAAAGAACCAAUCAAAGAGCGCCAGCGCAGUAACAGCCUGACGUCACCACUGCCCAACAGGAAGAGAACCAGCUCUGGUGUGUUCCAGGUUGACGAAACGGAGCCGCCGCCGAAGAAGCCCGAGCCCUCCCGAAAGAGGCCCGAAGUCAACGGCAAGAAGGAUUCCAGUGAACCUAAGAAGGGAAAGCAAGAAAAGGACAACGAAAAGGCGAAGAAGCAAGAAAAGAAAGUGAUAGAACGAUUCGAUGAAGAGGCUAAGACGGAAUGCGUGUCUGCGUUCAAAGAGAGCGAUAGUUGGGAUUAAGAAUAAAUGUUUAAAUGUCUAUA